GAUAUUUUUUUUGCUGGCAACUAUUCGAUUUUGUUUCUCUUUCGUUUAACGACUGUUUCACCUUCCCGCAGAAAAUAGGGUGUCGAAUCUGUCCUAUAACCUCCGCUAUAUUUAUUACUAUUUAAAGAUCGAAGAUGAAUCUUUUAUGAUAAUUGUGGGUCAAUUCGUGUAAAGGUUUUAUUAAGUGAUGUUGUGUAAUAUCGGUUGCGUUCUUGCGGUCAUUCUGUAGCGUUUGAAAAAUUAAACAUGGCCUCGAACCGAGGACUUCAGAUCGGGUCCGCGUGGUUUCAACGGAAGCUGAACUUGAGGCCGCAGCACCGGGGCGUGCACCUCGUCACCGAGGAGAUCCUCAAGCAGGUGCCCGAGUUGUCGCUCUUCGCCAUCGGACUCUGCCACAUCCAGAUUAUGCACACUUCGGCGAGUCUCGCGUUAAAUGAAAGCUGGGACCCAGACGUACGAGACGACAUGGAGAUGAUGCUCAACAAAAUCGUGCCCGAGGGACUGCCGUACCGCCACUCCUGCGAGGGCCCUGACGAUAUGCCGGCUCAUGUGAAAGCGUGCUUCUUGGGUUCCUCUCUCACAAUUCCCAUCACGGACGGGAAACUAAACCUGGGCACAUGGCAGGGUGUAUGGCUGUGUGAGCAUCGGAAUCACGCGGGCAGUCGAAAGGUGGUGGUGACGCUGUCGGGCUGCCCCCGGGACUCGCCGCUGUCGGCCGCGUCGCCGGCGUCGUGCUCCAGUUAGGAGCGGGGGGGGGGCGCGACCCCCCACACGCACUCGCACUCGCACGAGCGCGUCUCGUCCAAGACCAGGAGGUAAACGGCGACCAGUCGUAGACGAAGAGAUACGCGACAAUAUGUACAUAAGAUUAAUAUUUGUCCCCGGGCUCGCCGCGGCCGACGCCGCGGAGGCCCGCGCGUGUAAUAUAGCUUUUAUAGGAAUUGAAUGAUCUCGGCGGGCCCCGGGCAGGCCGCGGCGGCCGCCGGACGGUUUUAACUAAUUGUUGUUUUGUUGUUGCGACUUGUCGAUAUGUACAUAGCUGGCACGGCCCGCGCCGUAGGUUCCAUUGUUGAGAUGGUUGAUGUGGCACCCACUUUUACCGCUAAUCUUACUGAGAUAAGGGCGGGGACGGUUUGUAUCGAUUGACUUUUCACUCCUGCACUCGUUCAAUAUUUUCCAAGUUCACCGGGAGACACUAUAUUUUUUAACAUGACCGCACGUUAGGCAUUUUUAUGAAGUCGGACACUCAUUUUACUAUACCAAUUUUGUAUGUAACGUACCGGGCCGACGCGUCGUCGUCGGUCCCGUAAUGUAAGAGCUGCGGUAGGUUAUCUAGUUAAGUGUGCGUCUACGAUAGCUCCCUUCUCUCUCCGUGUUAGGAUAGUCUAUACUAGUACGUGAAACGAGUCCAUAGCUUUAAAUGUGUCACGCCCGUUGUAUCAACGGGUCCUUCGGGGCGACAAUGAGCUAACCUUCAGUACUCCUAGGUGUAGUUGUAUAUCAUUAUCUUAAGAUCAUGUAAGUGCCUCGGAUUUAUGGGGUGGUCAUCUAAUCGUUUGAGUCGACGUUACGUGACAUCGACCGGCUUGCUCUACACUCUUGUCUUUAAUUGCGAACGAUUAUAUUUUCACUUACAAUAUGUACGUAAUAAAUUAAAGUUUUAUUUGGCAACGUGUAUAAAAGACGCAUGUGUAUAGUUGUAUGUCUUCCUAUGUAAGUUCCAUCGCGGUAGAGCUCGGUAAGUGGUUGGGAUCACGCCUCUGUUCCUGAUUCGGUAUUAGGGUAUUCGGUAUCACCUUAUCCGGCCACGUCUAUGUUACUUAAAUAAGGUAAUUUAUACUAUAAGAGGUCUGAGAAUCCAUUUUAGGCCUCUCACUAGAGCAGGGGUUCCCAACUUUAUCUGCGUCGUACCCGUCCUGACGACGAGAUUUUUUGUGCCCCCUUUAGAUUUUGCGGUGGCCAAAAAACCGAGAAAAUCUACGAGAAUUCGUGAUUGUCAAAAUUCUCGGCGUCACCCGUGCCAUCGCGAUUAGGGCAUGCUCCCGGGAAUUCCCGAGACUGAUUUUUCUCGAGAAUUCCCGGGAACGGGCACUUUCAGCCAGUAUCGGAACUGGAGACAAAAUUCCCGGGAAAAUAUCGAAAUUUCGGGAAAUUUAUAAAUGUUAUGUUAUAUCGAUUUAUGUCUAAUUGCGAAUUGGCUACAAGCCAAAAUUAUGUUGUACAUAUAUAUAUGUAUAUAUUUUUUUUUCCUAAUACAAUACUUUGUUCAACAGAGCAAUGGUAUAUGAGUACGUUUUCUUCGACUGGUUACAUUUGUAACAGAUUAAGAUCCAGUUUAAGUGACAGAGUUUAGAUGCGAUCAGUUAUUUACAGUCAGUGUCAUCUGUCCAGUCCACAAAAAUGGCUCGAAAAAGAGAUGCUCAAACUAUCGAGGAGUCGCUUUACUCACUACAGCGUAGAAAGUUUUGUCCAACGUAAUGCUCUACGUAGCGCUUUGCUUCUACUUUCCUUAUGCGCACUGCCAAGGAAUGGAAUUCCUUGCCGGCGUCUAUAUUUCCGUGUUCUUAUAACCCGGCAACCUUCAAAUCAAGAGUGAACAGGCACCUUCUGGGCGAGCUCGCUCCAUCGUAGGCCACGUCUACGCCUCGGCUAUUCUGUGGCCAUGAGUAAGCCCAUUCAUAAAAAAAAAAAAGAAAAUGAUCAAGAGGCUGGAACCAUAUUCUGAAAGAAUCCUUGGGGAUUACCAAUGUGGUUUCCGCAGAAACCGCAGCACGACGGACCAGAUUUCCUUGCUCAAAGAGAUUAUGAAGAAGAAGUGGGAGUACGCCCAAAGCGUUCACUUUUUGUUUUUGGACUUCACUAAGGCCUAUGACAGCAUAGAUAGGGACGCUCCGUAUGCCAUUCUUGUAAAUUUUAAUAUCCCUAGAAAACUAGUAGUACAGCAACAAAAGAGUGUAGGAUGCGUGUCAGGGUAGGCGGUGAGCUCACCGAGGAAUUCAAGGUGAUGACCGGUCUAAAGCAGGGAGAUGCCUUAUCACCCAUGCUCUUCAACUUAGCCCUUGAACAUGUUAUCCGAAAAGUGUUAACGUUGGACAUAAGGCUGGAAUUGAGCGGCAAGCACAAAGUGAUAGGGUACGCGGACGACCUGGCUUUAUUAGGGGAAAGCCGCGAUGAAGUAGUACAGGCAGCCAGUGUCUUGGAGCGAGAGGCCCCUAGGAUAGGUCACAGGAUUAACCAGUCAAAAACUGAAUACAUGAAGCGCUACAAAAAUACACGAGUUCAGCGCGGAAGUCUCCAUGUUGGGAAUAGGAGGAGAUCAAUAUUCGCAUCUAAAACGCCAUGCGAUGCAGCGCAGCCCUCCAUAAAGUGUUGAUGUCCAGGCUUCUCAGCAGAAAUACUAAGUUAAGGAUAUAUAAGACCGCUAUCCGACCAAUCCUUAUGUAUGGGUGCGAGGCCUGAACACUAACACAAAAAGAGGAAAGUCAGCUCCUCGUAGCGGAAAAAAAGAUCUUUCGCAAGAUCCUGGGACCUAUCAAAAGAGACAACGGCACGUGGAGGAUACGGGAGAACCCCGAAAUCGAGGAGUUGGUGGCUGGACCCAAUAUUAUCGGCGAAACGAAAUCCCACAGACUUCGCUGGUUCGGUCACCUAUUAAGAAUAGGAGAGGAUCGGGCUACCAAGAGGGCAUACCUGGGAAGACCGACUGGUGGCCGCCCGGUAGGUCGGCCCAAGUACCACUGGGGAGACAGUGUGGAAGCAGAUCUGCGUCAGCUUUAAGCCGAUAAUUGGCAGGAAACGGUGCAGGAUCGGGAAAAGUGGCGUGCUUUCGUUUCGGAGGCCAAGACCCUCUUUGGGUUGUUGAGCCGUAUUAGUUACUUAGUUAGUUGAUUCUUAAAAAACGUCUGAAUUUGAAUAUUGACAUUAUAGAUAGGUAUAUUUUAGUCGAAAUAUCAACCGUUAAGUAUGAUUUAGUUUAAAAACUAAUAGAAAUAUUAACUAAUCAUUUGGUUAUAAUAAUUUCAAUCAAAAUGUUAACUUUAUUAAUUUUCCCGAAAUUUCCCGCAUUCCCGGGAAUUCUCGGAACUGGUCCUGACCCAAUCCCGGGAAAUUUGAAACCUUUCCCGAGACUGACAUUGCAUGCUCUAAUCGCGAUACGCCCCUACUGUUGGGAACUCCUGCGCUAUUUAGAGCAAAGCGGUCGUAAGACUAGAUAGUGUAGUGAGGAUCGAUUGCUUUCGAAAACGUUCCGGGAACGAUCUCAGUUCUGUACAUUCCGUUUCGCAUUCCGCUUUACAUGUCCCAACGGCGCUUGUGUGGCACAAUUUUACACAUGAGACUUAGUUAGGAGUUAAUAAAUUAUAAAUAGUAGGUUACGGUGUAAGGCACUGAGCGGCGCCGCUUAGACGUUUUGAUACCGCGUGUACAAAGUUAGAUGUCUCGGACAUGACCGGUCUCACGGACCUUAGACUUACCUCACUUAGGCAGCUUGUACGUUCAUACUCGGCCUUUUAGACUCACCAUUAUAUUAUCGACUAAACCGGUUAUUUUUAAACUUGUUUAUCUUAUUAAAGUAGUUUUUUUUAAUCGUUAUAAACAAAGCUUUGAGCUUGUGUUAUUAGUUGUAAAGGGUAUCUUUAUAUACUUCACUUGUGCUGUUUGACGAUUUCAUAUUUUCGCAUAUUCUACGGUUUUUCAUGAUUCGUAUUCUUUGUAAUACCUAAGUUUUUCUCUUUUGAUAGAUUCGGGGAGUGGGCUAAGGGAAGGUUAAGUGCUUUUUAAUACAUAAUUAAGUAAGGGAUGUAAAUAUUUUUUGCAUUAAUAUAAUGUACAAUGAGCAUUAAUCAGUGUACAUACUGUUCACGUGUAAAAACGUUUCAAGUGCUAUUCGUGUAUGAGUGUUAGAUAAGCCACUGCCAUUGAAGAUUUGCCUCUUGUAAUAUACUCGAUUUAUUUUUGUCACGAAACUAUUAACGUUUAGUUUCAGCUUUGUUAUAGUAUCAAAAAUAGUAAAGAUAAUAAAUAUCCUAAGUAGAAGUUUUCCAAUGAAGAAUAGCGACUGGCUCGCGUAGUUGUAACUCUCGUUUGUUUUAUCGUUAAGUGUUUCUCCUCGGGACACCGUUGUUUUUGUUGUUCAUUAUAUAGCUUAUAGAUUGUCCCAGUUUAGGCUGUUCAGUGACAACGAAUGUGCUAGUGUUACCUUUUAAGUGGUCGCAAAAUUUAGAUUCCAUUGUGUUCCUUUUGAGGACCUAAUGUUUUGCAACCGUGUGCAAUUGUGCAGUCCCUUUCAUAAAUGCCAUUUAUUUGUCCUCCUGUGUAUGAUGCAAUGAGUGUUUCACAAUUUCAAAUAUAUUAUAAAGCGUAACAAAUUCACUAUAAGGGCACGAAUUUUAUCUAAUUAUUUAAUCAGUAUCAUUAAUUUGAUAAUUAAUAUAUUUAUUGCACAUAGGAAACGAGGUUGUAAUCAUGAUUAAUAAAAUAACCAAGAAGGGAGACAAAUAAUUUGUGUGUAUAUUAUUUAAGAUCAAUUAUUAUAUCAAUAUUGUAUGAUUGUACAGCGAUCGGUCACUACUUGCUGGUAUCGUGCUCACUCAGUGACGUCAGAAUUCUGUCGCAAUCAAAUGUAAUUGUAUCAUAUUACUUGUACAAUAUAAAUAUAUAGAUCCACAAUUAUGAAAGAGAUUAAAUAUUUGCAAAAGUUAAAA